CAAAACUGUCAAAUAAUUUGUGUGUUGCAGUUUGUGCACGUUUCAUCAAGAAAGUUUCUAAAGUUUUUCGUUUUAAUUUUUUACGAAAUUCCACAAAAAUGUAUCAAAACCUCUUCAAAAAACCACGUAUGACCGACGCUCCGGUCGAGGAAGCCCCAUCAACUGGCCCACACACAGUACAAGCCCGUCUAAUAUCAGAUACUGGCGAAGAAGCGGGUCCUCCCAUAGAUCUACCCUCGGGAAUCACUGUCGAACAACUCGGACUCAUCUGCAAUGCUCUGCUCAAAAACGAAGAUCCCACGCCGUAUUUGUUUUUCGUCAAUGAGGACGAAAUCAAACAGACGCUAGACAAAACCCUCGACCUAAAAACUAUCGACACAGAAAAUGUCAUCGACAUCGUCUACCAACCUCAAGCCGUGUUUAAAGUUCGUCCAGUUACCAGGUGCACAAGUUCCAUGCCAGGUCAUGCAGAGGCGGUUGUUUCGAUUGGAUUCAGUCCGGAUGGACAGCACUUGGCAAGUGGUUCAGGUGAUACGACGGUUCGUCUGUGGGAUCUGAACACAGAGACUCCACAUUUCACCUGUUCCGGGCACAAACAAUGGGUUCUGUGUGUCUCAUGGUCACCGGAUGGGAAGAAACUCGCCAGUGCAUGCAAGGCAGGAGUCAUACUGAUCUGGGAUCCCGAAACUGGCAAACAAGUCGGACGACCGCUCAACGGACACAAGAAAUGGAUAAAUGGCUUGAGCUGGGAACCCUAUCACAUGGAUCCAGAGUGUCGAAAGCUGGCCAGUGCUGGUGCCGAUGGAGAUGCCAGGAUUUGGGACACUGUCUUGGGUCAUUGUCUAAUGGUCAUAGCUGGUCACGGAAUGGCAGUGACUUCUGUAAGAUGGGGUGGAGCUGGUCUUGUAUUCACAUCCUCCAAAGACCGAACUGUCAAGAUGUGGCGUGCUGCCGACGGAGUUCUAUGCAAAACUUUCACAGGUCACGCUCAUUGGGUCAACUACAUCGCCCUCAGCACUGACUACGUCCUCCGAACUGGACCCUAUCAUCCCGUCAUGGAUCGAAACAAGAAAUAUUCCCAAAUUCCAAAGGAAGAACUAAAAGAGAUGGCCCUACAGCGCUUCAACAAAGCCUGUCCCGAUGGCGUGGAGUCUUUUGUAUCCUGUUCCGAUGAUUUCACUCUCUACCUCUGGCGAUCGAAUCAAUCAAAGUGCAUCGAACGCAUGACUGGACAUCAGAAUGUCGUAAACGAUGUAAAGUUCUCUCCCGAUGUCAAGUUCAUUGCCUCAGCUUCCUUUGACAAAUCAGUCCGAUUGUGGCGAGCUCAAGAUGGAAAAUUCAUAGCUACAUUCCGAGGUCAUGUUCAAGCUGUUUACACUUUGGCAUGGUCAGCUGAUUCGAGGUUGGUUCUGAGUGGGAGCAAGGAUUCAACGUUAAAAGUUUGGAGUGUCCAAACCAAGAAACUGGCCCAGGAACUGCCUGGUCAUGCGGAUGAAGUAUUUGGCGUCGAUUGGGCACCCGAUGGUUCGAAAGUAGCUUCAGGUGGAAAGGACAAAGUGGUUAAACUGUGGCAGUACUAAGACGGAAACAUGGAUUUUUUAAAAACUGUUUUUUUUUUAAUUUAUAGAAAAAAUAAAGCUUUUAUUUUUUUAAUCUAAAAAUA